GCAACUUCGAUUCAGCCUUUGGAUUGCCUUCGCCUUGGUUCAGAGUCACUCCAAAACCGCCAUCUUCUUUGUCUCUGGAGAAUGAGGAUGUGAGCAAAAAAGAAAGAAAACAGCCAGAGUCGUCCACGGGUCCGAUCGGUUACUGUAUCUGCAACUUUAUUUGGUCUCAUCUCCACUCUAUCUAUCAUCAUCGCUUCUCCUCCUUUUCCCCAUUUCCUCCUCUCUUCAUCUCUCCAUCGCCUCCAUCUCUCCCCCCAUCGUUCCUCCUCGCCUCUUUUUCUCCAAUAUCCCUCUUCCAAUCGAUCGCCUCGACAUUCUCUAUAAUUCAACUCGAAUCCGCCCAGUCUGUGUUCCAGUUCUGGCGACGCCGCAUGCCUUCUCUCCCUCGCCUCCUCCGCCCGCCCGCCGAUCCUCCGCGUGUGCAUUUCGACUCUGAACGGCGGAUUUUGCCCUCCACAGAGGAGUAGGACCAUGCCCCCCGUCAACACGCCUUCUCAGGAAACCCCCACUCUAUCCCCAGCUGCACCUGCAUCGUCCUUCCAGCAGCUGAGCGCUGUUUCGAUCCCGGCCCCAUCCCGUCCAGUAGAGUCCGAUGAUGCCCAUGAUGAUAACGUGAACUUUCUUCGGUCUCGUGUACGCUCCCCUCCCGACUCUUCGUCUUCCUCCCUCAGUCGACAACGUCGCCGGCGACAGCAGAAUCUUGCAGAGUCGGAAGCAGACCCGAUGGACCUGGAUGACCCUAGGAAUUUGCGCAUGUCCGUCGAAGUCAACCGCCGCAUCCCUAUCGUGCGCCGUCAACAGGACGAACAAAACAGCAACAUGCCCAACUAUGAAGGCCGUGUCUCCAACGUACGGUCGCUCUACGGCUGGGCACCCGGUUCGGAGGAUGAAAAUGAUGAUGACGAAGAUACAGCGUAUGAACCUAUGCAGGAAAGCGGUACUGGCAGCGGCAGCAUGGUCUCGUGGUUUGGUCGGCUCUCAGAGCGCAGUGCAAUGUCCAGACGACAUGCGCGGCGGGAUGCAGUCGGUCGCGGUCCACCUCCAUUAACUGAACAAUCUGCAGAAGUUGGUAGUCAAAGGACUUAUGAUCACCCCAUGUCGACGACAGAGGCCCUGUUGCAGUCGGUGAGAGGUCAUGCGCGGUCUUCUCGAACACGUCUUCACAACUAUCUUCUAGAUCGGGAGCGAGCAAGUCAGGAUUCGGACGAUAGUAGAGAGCGAUCCGCAACAUCGUCCGCUUCUAGAGCAUACCGGUAUCUUCCCAGCAGCCGGGGCGAUCCUCACCGGACCUUGACCCACAGUGACUUGCGUGCCCGGAUAAACGUUCAUAGACAGAUUCAUAUGGAUAAUCCUCCCAGCCCACGAUUAAAGGAGACUAUUAAGUAUCUCGAUCGCCUGCGGUAUUCGAAUUCAUACGAGGAAAGUAUCACCUCUGCCGCCGCGGGAGGCUUUAUGCAAUCCGAUUAUUUUGCGUGGAAUGAGGACGACUUUAUUCUUGAUACGGCCUGGAUAUCCCAACCUCCAGAAUGUUCCUGGCUUCGACCCGGGAUGGUGUUUUCAGGGUCACAAAGAGCAGCAAGUAGUGGCAUUUCUACCUUUUCGCAACGCGGGCUGAAUCCAAACUCUCCUCACGACCCGGUUAUUGUUAAUGGCAGUGACAACAACAGUAACCGGAUUGCUGUAUCUACAAGUAGUGGGCGUCGGUACUGGGCCAACAAUGUCUACAGCAUUGGGGGUGGCAGGGACGAAAACUGGCCGGUCAAAGUCACCAUUCAUAACAUCGACUACCGAGAUAUGACCUUAUCUGGCACGAUGGAAGCCUACAACAUUCCUGAUAAAACGUCACCUACUCAAGACGCACACAUUGUUACAUUUCUCGAGGGAGAGAUCAUCGACUUCAACUCGCAUACGCUGGAGACCAAGAAUUUUAAGGCAGAUGCUGAAAUCGACAGCACGUAUUGGCGUCAAUUGCAACCUUUCAAAAACUUGACGGAUGAUGAGAUGACCAGAAACCUCGUAAGUCGAAAAUGGAUUACAGAAGAACUGUCAAAGAAAUGGAUUUUGAUGAGAUGGAAGGAACGCUGUUUCAUUACACCAACCGAUUCACGACAGGGACUUACGAUAUCUGGGUUCUACUACAUCACCCUCUGUCGAGAAACCGGCCUUAUCGAGGGUCUCUACUAUGAUCCAGGAAGCUCUCCCUACCAACAACUGGCUCUGAAGCCAGAGACAGAACAGAUGAUCCGUCCAUCGUAUAGUUUUCGAUAACCCAGCAAGUCCUUGGUUACAUUCUUACUUGGGACGUUCAUUUGCCGCACAAAUUCGACGUCUUUCAUUCAUGCUAUUGGCGUUCUGGCCCAAGGGGGCAUUGAUUCACUCUUCGCAUAGCCGGCGUUUUGCUCUUCAAUUUUCACCCCGUCCGACAAUUUGGAGGACAAUGUUCAUUUUGCAUGUCCCAUACCCACGUGGGGUAUUCCAGUGAUUAUUUGUUUGAUUCUCUCCCCGGGAAGAUAUUUAUUCGAUCAUAUUUCCCAACUGCAGUUGCGGUUGCUGUAUUUUAUUGAGUUACAUUUCAAGCUACAUAGACCACUCCAAACAUACAUUUCAGUUC